AUGGCUCACACCAACCUUGGUACCAAUAAGGUGGUAAGAGAUGCAGCCUGCCAGCCUGUUAUCCAGAACUGGGAGUGGAGGCCAGUUAUUUGAACAUAGCCUGGAUGAUUAUUUCCUUUUGCCUUGUGAUGGACCAGAAAACCCAAUUGUGAUGGACCAGAAAACCCAAGAAGAAAAAUAAACUGCACAAAGGCACAAGGAUUGAUCUCUUCAAUUCCGGGGGUUUUGCUUUUACAGCUUACAUUUUGCUUCUAAUGAAAUUUUGAAAAGCAACUGCGGCUGCAAAGGGCUGAUUGAUUUAUGUCCUCGCAUUCCAUUUUUUCCCAUGAAGAAAAAAAACCCCCGUACCAUUUUGUAAUGCCUAUGGGAUAUACAGAAGGUGAACUAGUUGCAAGAAUCCACUGGGCUUUCAGAAUUUGUUUUCAGCUGAAAAGGUAUGUGCACUAUUAAAAUAGUGAAACAAAAUACAAGAAGCCACCAGCUUCUUUCAGGGAGCAAAGCUUGCAAAAUCUGAAAAUCUGAAUUGUGGUCAAGAUGCAAAUUAAUGUAUAGUGCAUUAUAUGCAACUACCUCUUGCAAAUGACUGAAGAUAUUGGUAGAGACUCAUGUAGUUUUUGUAGAAGUAGAGAUAUCUUUCAAUCUUUUGUUAGAAAGUUGGAGGUUCAAUAUGGGGGGAAAUAUUAAAGUAUUCUACUUUUCAAAAUGGAAUUUUAAGGCUUCACAGUUCUCCCAAUGGAGGGAUGUAGAAAGCAUCCCGAAAGAUCAGUAUUGGGACCAGAGUUUUUUAACUUGUUCCUAAAUCACCUGGUGUUAGAGAUAAACAGUGAGGUAGCAAAGUUUGUUGAUGAUACCCAAUUAUUCAGAGUGGUUAGAAACAGUAAUGGAUGUAAAGAAGCUCCAAAAGAAUUUUUCCAAACUGGGUGAAUGGGCAGUAAAAUGGCAAAUGAAAUUCAGUGUAAACAAAUGUAAAGUGAUACACACCAGGGCAAAAAAUUCCUAACUGCACAUAUGCCUGUGGGGCCCUGAACUGGCAGGGACUAACCAGGAACAAAGCCCUGGAGUCGUAGUCAAUUACAAAGAUGUUGACUCAGUGUGCAGCAGCAGCGAAAAAUAUAAAUUUCAUGUUUGGAAUCAUUAGGAAAGAAUUGAAAAUAAAUUAUCCAUAUCAUGUUGUAAUGCAAAUCUGUGGCGCAAACACACUUGAAAUACUGUGUACAGUUCUGGUUGCUCAUCUCAAAAAGGAUUUUAUAGAGUUGGAAAGAGGCAACCAAAAUUAUCAAGGGGAUCAUUGCAACAUUUGGGCCUUUUUCAUUUUAAAGAAAGGCAAGUAAGAAGAGACAUGAUAGUGGUGUAUAAAAAUAUGCAUGGUAUAAGAAAAUCAAUGGGUAUAUGUUUUUAUCCUUUUUACAGACCCUAACUAUAUAUUUAGAGCUGACUGGAGUAGCAUUCAGAGUAGACGGAAGAGGUUCAUCUGGAGUUGGUUGAUAAGGGACAUCUUUGCCUUUGUCAUUUUCAACAUGUGCCCACCAAACACGACCAUUUUCCAUUUCUUUUUCUGCUCUGGCUUCUAGGGUCAGAAUGGCAGCAUAGCCAUGGGAGACUGGAAUUUCCUGGGUGGGAUUUUGGAGGAAGUCCACAUCCACUCUACCACGAUUGGCAAGAUCUGGCUGACCAUCCUCUUCAUCUUCCGGAUGCUGGUCCUUGGCGUGGCGGCCGAAGACGUGUGGGACGACGAGCAAGCAGACUUCAUUUGCAACACGGAGCAGCCCGGCUGCAGGAACGUCUGCUAUGACCAGGCCUUUCCCAUCUCCCUCAUCAGGUACUGGGUCCUGCAGGUGAUCUUUGUCUCUUCGCCCUCCUUGGUCUACAUGGGCCACGCCUUGUACAGGCUGAGGACCCUGGAGAAGGAGCGGCAGAAGAAGAAGGCCCAGGUGAGGGCUGAGCUGGAGGCGACAGCCCCAGAGAAGGCGGAGGAUCGGCGGAGACUGGAGAAGGAGCUGCGGCAGCUGGAGCAGAAGCGCCUGAGCAAAGCGCCCUUGAGGGGCUCGCUGAUGUGCACCUACCUGGCCCACAUCCUGAUGCGCUCUGCCCUGGAGGUGGCCUUCAUGAUGGGCCAGUACCUGCUCUACGGCUUCCAGCUGGAGCCGCUCUACCAGUGCCGCCGGCCGCCGUGCCCCAACGUGGUCGACUGCUUCGUCUCCCGGCCCACCGAGAAGACCGUCUUCCUGCUCUUCAUGCAAGCCAUCGCCGUCGUGUCGCUCGCCCUCAACGGCCUGGAAGUCGCCCACCUGGCCUGCAAGCGCUGCCGGGCCGGCUCCUGCGGCGCUUCGCCCUCGGCCCUCGGGGGCAGCCCGCGCUCCGCCCUGCUGGGCCAGCAGCCAAACCCCCCGCCCUGGGGACCCCGCCCGGACGACCGCCUCGCCCAGGGCCCACCACCGGCCGCCGACGAAGCCCACCAGCCGCCCGACCCUCGCAGCCCGACGCGGAGCAGCAGCAGCAGCAGCAGCAGCACCAAGGAGAGCGGCCCCGGCGCCGCCGCCGCAGCCCAGGCGACGGCCGGCUCCUCUUCCUCGUCCCGCUCGCCGCCGCCCGCCAACGGUGCCCGGCGCGGCUCCUGCAGCGGCGGCGACUCGGGCAGCGCCGUCUCCUCGGCCACGGCGGCGCCGAGCACGGCGGGCUCCCCGCCCUCCAGCACCGGCAGCGAGCGGGGACAGCAGAGCCCCCAGGAAGGGAGUUUCCAGCCCGGCCACGGCCGGACUCGCGCCUCCGCCGCCGAGGGGAGCCAGGCGGGAGGCUCGGCUCCCUGCAAGGGCGGCAGCGGCGGCGGCGGCAGGGCGAGGAGGAGCGGCAGGAGCGGCGGCCCAGGACUCCCCCCGCCCCGGAAGGAGGCCUCGGCCGGCGGUGGCAGCCACAGGCGGGCGCCCACGGACCUCCGCGUCUGA